CUUCUUUUAAUUUUGAUAAUAAUUCAACAAUGGGUUUUAGCAAUUAAAUUCUAAAUUAAGUUGUUUAUAUUUUUUUCGUUGGUUUGUAUUUUCUAUUUUAACGAUCUUGAAAAAAUUCUGUUUCAACUUCAAGUCGGUUUGGUUGAAUAAAUACAAGGUUUUACAAUUACGAUUACUCUAGCAAUGUGCAGAGUGCAGACAAAUAUCUUAAGAUAUCGUGAUAUUUGUCAUUAAAACUAUUGAAGUAAUCAUUUUGAUUAAAAAAAAAACAUGGGUCGCAGAAGUGGAAAAGCAUCAAAAUUGAAACGCCAUUCGUCUCUUGAUGAUUUAACCGGUAGACCAUAUAGAUUACCCAUUGACCGGAAUCAAAUUCGUCAAGUUGACCAAAUUGAUAAUCCUCAAAAUGGACAUGAAUAUCUUUACAUGGCUAGAAAAAUGGAAGAUAAAUUGCCUCCAGUUAUGACUGCUACUAAUGUUGAACUUCAGCAAUUCAUAAACAAAUUUGAAACCAAUACUCCUACAUAUAUAAUACCUCAACUUGAAUUGCCUUCUAUAAAAAAUAAGAAAUUACUGCCAACUAAAGCCGAAAUAAUGUCAUACAUUGAACAGUAUGAUGAUGCCAGAACCAAAAUUCAGCAUGCCAGAAAAUGUAUUUCUCACCCUGAAAAUAUAUUGCCAGUGUCUAAUUCACCAACAGCUUGGUUCACAUUUUUAUUUGGAAGACAAAUUAAUGCUUCUACUCCAGUGAAUCCUGUUCAUAAUAUUGACAAAACUAUUUAUUUCUUUCAAAGCCACUGUGCCGCUGUUAUUUCUAAUUUUGUUCAAUGGAUUAUGAAAAAAAUAAUAAACACCAGUGAUGUAACUUCUUGGACAUUUUCAGUGUAUGCCAGUAUGGAUAGUGAUCCAUGUGAAACUCUGUUAUCAGAUAUGCGUAUACUUACACAGUUAUUUAUUAAUGCACGGGCAGAAAUUGAAGAUCAUUUGGAUGUUUCUGCUUUACGUUAUAGUUGUUUAAUUAACUUGGUCUCAGAAAAAUUUAAACAACACGAUCUCGGUGAUAUUGUUAACUAUAAAAAUCAUUACUCUGGUAGUAGCAAGGUUAAAAAAUAAAUAUUAAUAUUAAAUACGAUUAAUUGUUUAUUUCUUUACAUUAUAUAGUUUUCAGUAUUAGUUCUACUAUCAUAGAACUUUUACAUUAAUUUUUAACUCAUGUAUGUUCAUAAUAAUGCUUACUAUUUAAACUUAUUAUGAUUUAAGAUUUAUUUUUAUUAAUGUAAAAUAGUUAAAUAAUAUUUAAAUAUUAUUAGAUAAUAAAUAUUAAGUAUAUCAAUACAAAUGUGAACUCUUCAGCCAUAAAAAGUUGUUAUUUUUGUUAUGUACUGAAAUUUGAUAUAAAAAUGUAUAAUAAAGCUACUAUUUUAUACAACUAUGUUCAUUGUAACUAUACAGGGAUGUAGUAUGUACUACAAAUAGUUCAUUUUUUGAUAUUAAUCUAUAUGUAUACUAUUCAAAAAUGUCUCCAUAUAAUUUUUUUUCUUAUCAAUAUUAUCAUAUAAUAUUUUGAAACAUUAUUACUAUAUUAGAAAGUCUCAUAUUACAUUUAUUUUAAUUUAUGUUUUUUUUGUUUUUAUUAACUCAAAAUAAAAUAAUUUAAAUUUGUAUUUUUGUGAUUAUUAAGUGUCUAAAAUAACCAAACUGUUGAAUAUUCAUGCUAAAUGCUUAAAAACUAAAUCAGUAAUAUCCGUUAAAUAAUAAAAUAGUUCUUAAUGUCUAAGGUUUUUAUUGAAGAAAGUGAAUGAUGUGUAGAACAAAAAAGUAUAAACAAAUAAUUCAAAUCUAGUAUUAUUAAAAAUGAUAAUUGUUUAUAAUAUUAUGAAACAAUUAAAUUACACUGUAUGCAAAUUUAAAA